AUGGCCCCAUCAACAUUCGACUACAUCAUCCUCGGCGGCGGCCUGAGCGGCUGCGUCGUCGCCUCACGCCUCCGACAAGCCCGCCCGGAUCUCUCCAUCGCUCUCAUUGAAAACGGAUCAGACAUUCGCAGCGAAGAAUCCAUCCACCUUCCCGCUCAGGCAUGGUUGCUGGAUCCAAAGUACUACUACAUCGACCACACCGUCCCACAGACAAGUCUCGGCGGCCGCAGCUUGGAACUCAAGACCGGGCGGGCGCUAGGCGGCGGUUCGGCGACGAAUUACGGCGGCUGGAUGCGCGGAGACCGCCAGGGCUACGAUGAAUGGGCGGCUGUGGUUGGAGACGAACGGUGGAGUUAUGAAGGUCUCUUGCCUUUUUUCAAACGCAGCGAGACGUUUCCCGUGGACGCCAAGGAGGCGCAGCAUGGGUAUGCGGGACCGAUGAGGCCGAGUCUGGUGGAUCGGGGUUACCCGUUGAAAAACGAUUUGUUGGAAGCCAUUUUGAGUGCCGGGUUCGAGAGGAAUGAAGAUAUCACGAGUGGGGAUGUUCUCGGCGUGGGGCCUUUGAUGGAGAGUUGGAGGGAGAAUCGCAGGGUGCAUGCGGCUAAUAGUUAUGAUCUGAAGGGCGUGGAGAUCUUGACUGGUGCCAGGGUGGAGCGGAUCUUGCUUGAGGGGAAGAAGGCCGUUGGGGCGGUGUUGGCUGGUGGGGAGAAGGUGAUGGCGAGGAAGGAGACCAUUGUGGCAUGUGGUGCGCUUCGAACUCCGCAGCUGUUGAUGCUGUCGGGCAUCGGGCCCGGAGCUGAGUUGGAAAAGCUCGGUAUCGAGACUCUUGUCCACUCGCAAGAUGUGGGAAAGAACCUCCACGACCACCCGAUGUUUUCUCUCUGGUAUACCCUUCGUCAUCCAGAGGAAGGCCUCGCUUUCGGCCACCCUAAAUUCAUGAACAAUCCGAAAUACUUCGAGGGAAAUCCAAUGGACUGGAUUGUGAACGGCAGUGCUCCUCCGCAGGCGAUCCAGAAGGCAGCACAAAUGGACGGCGUUGCCAGCAAGAGGACGGAUGACUUUGAGCUCACGCCCUUUUACCUUGCAACUCCGAUCAGCCCCCAUCCACCUCCCCCGAUGGACGGCGCGACGAUUACUCUCGGCGCGGUAUUAAUGAGCACCACCUCGAGAGGACAGGUGACGUUGCAAAGCAAGAGCAUGGACGAUCCACCACUCGUCGAUCCAAACUACUUGUCCACCGAGCACGAUCUGGCUGUCAUGCGUGCAGGGGUAAGAACGGUCCUGAAAAUCAUGGAAUCCACCGACGCAGGAAGGAAGGUUUCUGUCGGCCAGUGGGCUUCACCCGAGAUGCAGCCGAUCAAUACUGAUGUUUCUGACGAGGAAUUGGACCAGAGGGCCAAGGCGGGUAUUGUGACCUGCUACCAUUACGCGGGGACGGCAAGUAUGGGCAAGGUGGUGGACGCCGACUGUAAAGUGAAGGGCGUUGAGGGCAUGAGAAUCGUCGAUGCUAGUAUCAUGCCAGUGGCCAUGAGCGCGCACUUACAAGCGGUGAUGUAUGGUGUUGCCGAAAGAGCAGCGGAGAUGAUCCUCGAGGACGCCAAGAACAGAUGA